CUGGCGAUGGUGCUGUAUCGGCAGGCCGCGAACACCGUGGAAAGGUGGAUGGGCAUUCGAGCGCGGACCCAUAUGAGAUGCGCAGUUCUGGCCACUGCCGCUUUCGUGAAGGCGAACACGUGGAUACGGGACUACCACCGGCCGUCCGCCCAUGUCCGUCAAAAAUAUCCAAACGGCAAUCAUGGCGGUUCGUAAUGAGCCUGUUCCCCAAGGCGAGACCGUGGAGCUCUGCUUCGAGGAGAUGCUUCAGCAGUCGAGUGCCAGAUGAACUGUGUGCUACAGGACAAGGGCAAGAGCGUCUAUGAGCAAUCUUCGAGGUUUUUCGUGGCCACGUCCCACCAACGGUCCGGGCUUCGACGAUGACGGUGUCAAAAAUAGAGAACAAGGUGGCGAUGGGUUUGGCGGCGAUGGCUCGGGCGGCGACCUAAGCACCAGCCUGGUAUGGUCGAGGCGUUCGAGCAGGGUGGGGGCGACGAGAAUGUCGUGCUUGUUGGGGAGCGCACCUACAUAGAAAUGACGGAUGAAGGGGGGGGCAGCUCUUAGUGGUGUUCGUGGUGCUGAUUAAUCAUGCGGAAUUGCACGUAUGCCAGGCGCGAGAAAAAAUGACGAAAUGAAGGUUGCCUUUCGUGCAGCCCGUGGAUGAUUUUUUUUUUCGUCGCAGCUUUUUGGUUACGUUUCUAGAUGUGUUUUCGGC